AUGUACGCUUUAGUUUUUUGGAAAACACAGAAUGGGAUUCAACUUGUUAGAGAAGAGGUUGAGGUUUUGUCAACCGCAAAGCUAACGGUGAUGAACGGAGGGAAAAUGGAGGAAGGUGCGACCGUGAAUAUGCUUCACAAGAAGAGCAUUUGGGGAGGAGUUGUUCGCUCGCUUCACGACAACAAGAAGGAUGCGGACACGAAACUUAAAAAUGAAGUGGCUCCUACACCAAACUCGGUGCAAGAAAUGCAUGUUCAGGAAGAUGAAGAAGCAGCAGUGAAAAGAAAACGAAAACGGAAGACAUAUGAGAGCGAAGAAGAAAGCGAUUUUGAUGAUGAUGACAUUCUUGACGUUCCUGUAGCUGAUCCUCCUCAACAUACUUAUAUUAUAUUACGUUGGUGUUUUGAUAAUCUGAUAGGAAAGAAAACUGCUGCAAAGAAAAAACCACCGCCUAAAAAGACAAAUGAAAAAAAAGAUAAAGAAGCUGAUAUUAUUGCCAGACACGAUGAAGAUCUGCUGCUGAAAAUCUUAGAUACGGCGCCUGCCAAAACAGUCACUCAAACACCUACUCAAAGUCACGAACACCCAAGGUUUGGUGGCAAACAGCCUAAAUCUCAUCAGCCUCCUCCUUGCAUAAGUCUGACUUGCAGGGAAGAAAAGAGGAAGUUAAAAGAAGACAUUUCUGAAACAAGAACUCAGUUAGAAACGGCAAACGAAGAGAUAAGGAAACUACAAGAUGUCAUUUCAAACAAUAGUGCUAGUAAUAUAAACAUUGCUAGCAAUACAAGCACAAACGACCAUGUACAAGACGUGCAGUGUGGCAAGCUGCCUAGAACAGUAGGCAUGGCAAACAAACAUCUCCUGUUUAAGCUUGAUGAGAUAGCAAAUGGGGUAUGGUGCUGCCCCAUCAAAGUAAAAGCAGCAAUUAAAAACUCGUCGAGUAGAACAAGCCUUGCUUUGGCCCUCUUCGGGAUAUUUUAUCCCAAAGAUGAACUGAAGGGAAGAAGACUGCAUGAAUUGGAUGCAGACAUCAUAAAUGCCAUUACUGAUUUUGCCAUGGUGGCAAAACUUACAAAAGAGCCAAAGCCACCAAAAGAGCCAAAAGAGGGAGAAAAAACCCCGCCUACUCCAUCAAGAAGCUCUAUCAAACAAGCGUUGCGUAUGAAAUGCAACAGCAUAAUUUGCCAAGCUCGAAAAAAGGAACAGAGACGAGUUGCCCAACAAAUAGCUGCAGAAAAUAUUGACAGAAAUAUAAAUGAAGAUCAAGAUCCUCAAGUUUGA